AUGGCCCGACCAACGCAAAAUUACUUGGACAACGUUAAGAAGGAGGAGCCGACGCCACAGUGCUUGCAGAGGGUGCAGCGGGACCUGGUGGAGUUCCACGCCGACCCCCCGCAGGGAGUGUUCGUCGUCCCGGAAGAUAGCGACAUGAGCGUGCUGCACGCCAUCGUCGUGGGCCCCUGGGGCACGCCCCUCGAAGGUGGCCUCUUCCACCUACAGUUGAAGUGCCCGCCCGACUACCCGAUGCGGCCGCCUCGUGUGCGUUUCCUGACUGGCGCUGGAAAAGUAUCCUUCAACUCGCACAUCCGCGGCGAGCACAUCUGCCUCAGCCUACUAGGCACGGCUCCUAAUGGACCGAGUUGGAGUUCUGCCCUGAGCAUCGGCAGCCUGCUCGUCUCCAUACAGUCCUUCCUGGCCGACGGCGCAAUGGAGAUCAUGCGCCACAACGCGAUUAGGGUCGCUGUAUGUGACACGCUCGAAGUCUGCUUACAAGAAACAUCCGAGCCUCCUAUGCCACCAGCUCUCACGCAGAAGGUCCUCAAGUACUUCGCCGAAAACUACGCAAAGUACGAGGACGCGGUCCAGGCGCAGAUUAACUCCUGGGGAGUAUUCUCGUUGAUUUUGGGUGUCGCGUACGGCAGUUACGAACCACUGCUGAAGCGACUUCGCGACAUCAAGAAGAAGAUUGACGAGAAGAACGUGACGGCCACCGGGCAACAAAACAACGAGUGA